GUCAACAGCUGAGCCUAACCACGAGAAGAAGAAAAAAGCGUAUGGGUUUUGUUUGAUCCCACGUGAUACCCGUAGUUUGACGACCACAAUGCGGAAGCAGCUAUGAAUGGCUACGGCGCUGACUGGUAUUAGUGUUUUUAGAGGUGAAGUGUCCCGUCCAGCAGCAUCAUGAGAGUGCGCUCGUCUGUCUUUGCCUCGUUCGUGUUAGUAUUUGAGGUGAUCGGCGUGGCCCUCUUCCUGCGGGGGUUCUUCCCGGUCCCCCUGAAGUCCUCCUUCUCCUCCAACAACAAGCUGUCAGACCUGCCCGCGGAGCCGCUGACAGGAAGCCCUCCCAACUCCUCUCGCCUCCCCCAGCCUCUCUUCACGAGGGUGGUUGUGAUGCUCGUGGACGCGCUCCGGGAGGACUUUGUGUUUGGAGCCAAUGGACGCAGGUACAUGCCCUACACCAGACACCUGGUGGAGAGGGGCUCCACGCACAGCUUCGUGGCCAAGGCGAGACCCCCGACGGUCACCAUGCCCAGGAUCAAGGCUCUCACCACUGGCACCAUCCCAGGCUUCAUUGAUGUGGUGAUGAACCUGAAUUCUCCGGCGCUGCUGGAGGACAACCUGAUUUGGCAGGCCAAAACAGCCGGGAAGAAGAUGGUCUUCUACGGAGACGACACCUGGGUGCGCCUCUUCCCCAAGCACUUCAUGGAGUACGACGGCACCACCUCCUUCUUUGUGUCUGACUACACCGAGGUUGACAACAAUGUGACCCGCCACUUGGAUAGCACCCUCAAGCGGGACGACUGGGACAUUUUGAUCCUGCACUACCUGGGCCUGGACCACAUCGGUCACAUCAGCGGACCCCACAGCUCCCUCAUCCAGCCCAAACUGCUGGAGAUGGACGACAUCCUGAAGAAGAUUCACAGUGCCCUCAUUUCAAAGGAGGCGGAGGGAUCCUUGCCCUACCUGCUGGUGCUGUGUGGAGACCACGGCAUGUCGGAGACCGGCAGCCACGGCGGCUCCUCCGAGCCAGAGGUCAAUACGCCCCUGGUGCUCAUAAGUCCGGCCUUCAAAAGAAAAGUGGGAAUGGAGAAGCCCGGAGUGGUGGAGCAGGUUGACCUGACUCCGACACUGGCCCUGGGACUUGGCCUGCCCAUAUCUCAGAACAGCGUGGGCCGCGUCAUCCCGGGCGUCUUGGAGGAGACCUCACUCCGAGACCAGCUGCGCUUCCUGCAUCUCAAUGGCCACCAGCUCAGCUGCUUGCUCAAAGACAGCACGCCCGACUAUGAGAAAGAGGCAGGCUUUGAGCAGUUCCGCGUGGCAGAAAAGGCUCAUGGGAGCUGGAUGAAGCUCUUCCUGGAGGGCAACACCUCUGAGGUUCUCAACAACAUGGGCAAAAAGGUCCUGAAGCAGUACCUGGAGGCCCUGGCCGGCAUGAGCUCGGCCCUCAGCAGGCAGCUGGGCAAGUACGACAUGUACUCCAUGGUCGCAGGCAUGGUGUUUGUGUUCCAGCUCCUGCUGGUCUUACUGCUGGCUAUGCCUGAAGCCCUCAGUGGCGAGGCGGCCGUGGACCUCCCCGUCCUCUCCGUCCUGCUGUCCCUACCUUUCUACCUCCUGUGCCUGCUGCUUGCCUCGGUGCACGUCUUGGUUUGCACCUCUGCUGAGAGCUCCUGCUACUUCUGCAGCCUCUCCUGGGGUCUCGUGUUCGCCGCCGUCGCCUUCUACUCGGCGAUGUUCUGUAUACUGGUCUCCAUGGCAACGCGGAGACUCCCCCUGGGACCGAAGAUUCAUGGAAGGUCUCCAGUGAGGAGCAGCGGCAGUGAAUGGUCACUGUCGGAGCUGGACGCGUUGCUGCUGGCCGGCACAGUGGGACACACCCUCAGCUUGGCGGCGAGCAGCUUUGUAGAGGAAGAGCACCAAACCUGGUACUUCCUGCUCAACACCCUCUGCCUCGCCGUCUUCCAAGACGUGUGCCGCAAGUACUUCAGAGAGCAGAGGGGUCCAGGUGAUGAAGACGAGCCUAUCCUCCCUUCCAAAGACUGCCACUCCCCAGCUCACCCCAAGGCGGAGAUUUACUCGGAGAGGUGGCUAGCGUUGGCCACGCCUCCCUUCACUCUGGUCUGCUGCCGACUGCUGCGCUCCCUCAACCAGACCGGGGUGCAGUGGGCUCAUCUUCCCGACGUGGGACAUUGGCUUAACAGCUCCGAACACAGGACGGUGCUCUCCCUGCUGGCUGCUUUCUGUCUGGUUCUUAUCUACCUCCUGGUUCAAAGACGGUGCUCAUGGGUCUCUAAGGUUGCCCUCGCCCUCGGACUUCUCGGUGUCUACAGCUACCGGGCAGCCGUCGGCAACGUGUUGUUUCCCUGGCAACACUCUGGUCGAACUACGUCCAAGGGAACGGUGGAGGCGCGCUUUGUCUACGUCUUCAUCUUGGGCAUCCUCUUCACGGGCACCAAAGACCUGUUGCGAUCCCAGAUCAACACAGCCAAUGCCAAGCUGAAGAGCAGGGGAUUAUGGGAGAUUUACAGCGGCUUGGUCUUGUUGGUGUCGCUGCUGUUUCGUGCUCACAACCUGCCGGUCCUGUGCUGCUGCCUGUUGAUCCAGACCCUCAUGGCUCAGUUCAUCUGGAAGAAGCUCCACUACGACGCAGCCCAAACCACCAUCAUGCACUACUGGUUUGGUCAGGCCUUCUUUUACUUUCAGGGCAAUUCCAACAACAUCGCCACCGUCGACAUUUCCGUCGGCUUCGUCGGACUGGAAAGUUACGUGGAGGCUCCUGCCGUCUUCCUAACGGCCCUUAGCACUUACGCGGGGCCCCUGCUCUGGGCCUGUCAUCUGGUCUGCCACCUCAGCUCAGAGAGAGACCGGAGCCCGGUUGCAGUGGGCCAUGGCUGCUACUGUUUGGCCCUGCUGAGGUCGGUGCCAGCUGCAGCCUACAUUGUGCUGGUGACGGCUCUGCGGUACCAUCUCUUCAUAUGGAGCGUCUUUUCACCCAAACUGCUGUAUGAGUCCAUGCACCUGCUGCUGACUGCAGGAGUCUGUCUCUUCUUCAACACCAUGGAGCAAAGCCACAGUUCCAGAUUCUUUUCCAACUGUUGGACUGUUAUUCUGGUAACACCCCACUUGUUUUAAUGUAGUUAAUAGGAACUGUGAAAACCAUCCUGUUCAUACUGUAUGUGUGUGUUUAUUUCUACCACUCUGUUUGUCUCCUCUUAAGUUAAAUUGUGUCCCUUUUAUUUUUUACCUUCUUCUGAUUUCUGUAUCUUCUAAGUGAGCUUUUCCAACUUAUUUUGUUUGUUGCAGAGAACACUACUAAAAGUGACAGAUGAGUCUUCAUAAUAUUUAUUAAGACUUGCACUUGCAUUAUUUAUGUCCUUGAUAAUGAAAUAA